UCCCUCCCACUCCCUUCUCGUUCUCCCCUUUUUUUCUUCUUCUGCUUUUCUCUUCAGCCCCCCCAAAAAAACCUAUCAAGCAGAUGAUGAACCUGACUAUCAACCUCAAGGAUGAACUACCGAUCGGAACACUCUGGCUGGCCUUCUCGAGAUCAAAACCAAUCAUCCAAGAUGGUCAUCGAUUGGAAAACCUCAGCUGGAGAUUAUGGCAACGAGAACUAAAGCAGAACAACAGAACUCUCAACCUACUCAUCAACUCCAUCAUCUCACUAGACCCACUACAGCCCAUAACCACCUCCGAUCAACAGUCACCCUCAAUCGACAUCACUCCCAGGCCUAACUCACCACCCAGCCAACUACACCCACCACCCAAAAUCAUCAACAUCGCACCCACACCACCCAUCCUAGCCUCACCAGCUAUCACCCCACCCACUAGCUCAAUCAUCACUCAACCAUCACUACCCACAUCAGCCCAUCAGCUUCCUACACUCCACCAACAACUGCUACUCUCUCCCCAGCAACAAGAACAACAACAACAACAACCUCCCUCAGAUUCACCCUCAUCCUCAAGCUACUUCACUCUUCAACAACCAUCUCGACCCUCAAUCGACCAGCACUACAGCAGUGGCUCAAACACCUCCAGCAGCCUCGCUACCUCUCCAUCCAUCCAAGCCCCUCCUGAUAACCAUCUCCACCAGGAUCAUAACAAACACAUCAAACAAACAGUCGAUCGUCCCAAGCAUACUGCACACAACCUUCACCCUCUCCCUCGAAGGGCUACCUCAUCCACCGCCACCUUCAAACACAAACGUCGCCCUCCCGUUCCCACCCGACUUCACUCCCACCAAUCCACUACUCGUUCAGUCAGUCCUCGUCUAGUCCAACCCUACUACUGCCGUAGAUCAUCCUUACCCUCAUCCUCCCCCGAACAAGUCCAAGAGCCCCCCAAGCCUCUCGAUCCAUCACACCCCACCCAGCUCAUCACCUCACCCUCCUCAGUCACCCAUCCUCAUUCAUCCCAAAACCAUCCACCUCAACCGUCGCUCGCCCAUGAUCCUGAUUCUCAGAUAACACUCAGCGCUGGCUAUAACUCUUCAGGCAGCUUGCCCAGCCUAGUCUCUCCAAUCAUACCCGAGACCCCUAAUAACUCACAGGUCUCAGCCCCAUUUCAUGUAGCCGAAGAUGGGAGGAUCCCAGACUCAUUAGCCUCCUCACAUACCACCGGUCGCUCAUCCGCCUUCAUGCCAUCAGCACCUCCACCUACUCCUUCACAGAACGGCGCCCCACUGCCAACUACCAUGUCCGCUGGCCUCAAAAAUAAAUCUAAACUGAUUCAUCAUCGUGGCCCUCUUCUGCCCUCGACUCUCCCUCCCAUCAACACUUCAAACGCCGCUCCAAAGAAGAAGGCCAAGUUCUUCAUCAAAGAGUACGAGGCGGAUGAUGAUAAUAAAACCUUCUCACCUACAUCCUUUCCCGCUCAACCGGCCGUUGCACAAAUAGCUCAAGGUUUUACUGGAACAGCCGUGCAACCCAAUCAAAAUACCCCACCAGUUAUAACUGGUGAGGUCGGUUCAGCAGAGAAACAAGCAGAGAAAAAGGUGGUACAAGUGAAGGUAGAAGAGGAGGAAGAAGAAGAAGAAGGCACGGAUUCGGAUGAAUGGGGAUCCGAGUAUUCAGAUGAUGAAACCAAGGAGGAUGAUUCACGAGCUCAAGAGCAAGAGUUAGAGAAGAAACGGAAGCAGGAGGAGUACCAUCGUCAGUUGUUUGCCAAGAAACAUUUCGUACAACGAAAUCGAUCUCAUGAUGGAUCGGAGGAUCAGCCAGCUCCGAUCCGACGAGCCGGUCUGUCGAUGUUAUUCCAUCCCGAGCUCAACCAUCUUCAACACCAUCCGACUUCCUCAUCCGGAGCAGCACGUCAAGCUGGGGAGCCUCUCGGCGGGCCCUUACGGAAUCAGUCUGCGGUCGAGCUGCGCCGGGCGGGCUCGUCGUCCUCGCGGAAGCCGGGGGAGGGUGAGGGACAGGGCAGGGCGUCGAUCGGAGUGAUUGCCCGACCCUGCUCUCUGAUCAAGUCCAAGUCCUCCGUCGCCGUGCCCGUCCUUGCCGGCCAAGAUCCUCCGGUGAUGGUCCAGCGCUCUCCCUCGAGUCUGUCUGGCAACUCCUCCCUCCGUCAUCGUCCCCCGACCCGGAGAAACAGUGCCGCACCGACCGCCGGUCCUUCGACCACGGCCAACCCUCAGCCGCCCACCCGUAGCUUGCCGCAUCCGGCCCAUCAGAGACAUCCGUCCAGGCUAGGGGGCAAGCCGGAGAACAUAGAGUAUUCGGAAGACUCGGAGUCGAACUCGGAGGAAGGAGAAGGUGGAUCAGGCGGAAGAGACGAGGAGAGAGGCAAGAGAGCAGAGCAGAAACGCGCAGACCAGGAGCGUCGAUUAGGAAGACUAGAGCGCAGGACGGGGACGAAUACGGAGCCGAUAGCGCUCGGAAACAGCGCCCUGUUACUCGCCAACCGGCCCGAACCUGUGGCACCCCCUCUGUCUCCCCGGACAACUCGUAGGAAUAUGCUCGCCAACGAGAUGACAGAGAGUGUGCGUAGAAACUUGCUCUGGGAACGUCAGAUUCAGGGGCUCGCGCUCGGCGUGGUUCCUUCGAGGGUCGAAGUCAAUCGGUCGGAGUCGUUGGCUCUUGGCUUUCGUCACCAUCAACAUGCCUCUAAUCUUCCCAAUUCCUCUACGACUACAUCCACUGUCGAUCCUUCCACCUCUUCUUCUAAUAAUCCCAUCGCUAAUCCUAAUCAGAACCCCAAUAAUAAUAAUAACAAUACGGGCACUACCACAGCUACUACUACGUCUACUGCUGCUGCCGCUGCUGCUACUACUUCUACUCAGUUCAGGAAAACUCAUCUCGCUAGUCUUACAAAUAAUAAUAAAGAAUAUCGUAACUUUUCGAAAGGCUUUCACCGUACCGGAUGGUAAUUGUUUUUCGUUUCCUCUCUUUCAUUCUCAUUACAUACAAUUGAUGAUCAAUCUUCAUCUGGUCAUUUGUAUAUAAUAUGUUCAAUCUCUUAUUCUACUUGAUUUAGUUCUUUAUAUUCUAUCUUUCUUUGGUUUCCUUCUCUUUUCUUUUCUUAUCCUUCUUCUUCCUUCACCAUCGUCAUCGUCAUAAACCAAAAAAGAACAAAAAAAAAUCGCCAUCAUCCUUGUCGUUGUCCGCGUUUCUCACCUCUUUCACCGUUUCUUUCUUUCUUUCUUUUAUUUGUAAUUGUUUUAUUUGUUA